AUGAGCGCAACUCCUCCUAAGAUGCCGCUGCCAGAAGUUCGUCGAGCUGCUGUGCAGCAUGAGAUCCGAAUUGUGGAAGCUCGUCAAGAACUGCAGCGAUCGAACAGUAAAAAAGAGCUCAUCAACGCUUUCAAAGCUGAAAUGCUUCAAAAGGUAGAAGAUUAUAUGACCGACAUUAGCAAGCUGGAACGCAAGAAAUGCGAUUUGAAAAUGUAUAAAGACGAGCUUUUGAUAAAGGUAGAAGAUCACAUGAGCGAUCUGAGCAAUCUUGACAAGAAAAAGGCCGAACUGGCAUCAUUCAAGGGUGAAAUGCUCGACAAAGUCGAUCAGCACAUGAGAGAACUCGAGCGUAUGCAAACGAAGAAUGCUGAUCUCGUUACAUUCAAAGACGAAUUAUUGACGAAAGUGGAAAAUCAUUUGAAAGUUUUGAAGCUUUCGCAAGAUAAGGCCGCUGAUGUGGCGAGGUUCAAAACGGAGAUGCUUCAAAAGGUUGAGAAGCACUCGCGCAUGACGGAGCUCAUGGCCGAAAAACAUAUGCUCCUCAAAGAUGUACUUUCAAAAAAAGUGGAAGCGUUUAAGCAGUAA